CUUGGCCUCAUGAGCUUUCACUUACCGAGCGGGUUGAGCAGCUGACAGACGUAUACGUCUGUACAACAAGUUGCUACAGCAUUCGGCACCACGUGGAUCACAUUGCAGAUUAUAAUAGGAUACUUGGCCUCAUAUUCAGGACACUAAGGACUGGGGGACAAUAUUCACUGAUUUGGCAUAACCAUUGAUACAACACACUAAAGGAUACUACUUACUGACCACGUUGGUUUAUAUAAAACACUAACAGCUGAACAUUUCAAAAACUUAACAAAAUGGCUGCAAAUAUGUCUGAGGCGCAAAUUGCUCGCUACAAGAAGAUCUUUGACUUAUUUGACGAGGAUGGCAAUGGAACAAUCAGCUCGGCAGAGUUGGGUACAAUGGCUCAGAAACUUGGAUUCACAGUUGGUGAUAACAGAAUAAAAGCCAUUGUAAACCGUCUAGAUCUGGAUGAAUCUGGUAAUAUCAGUUUUGAUGAGUUCCUGAAAGCAAUGCCCGGACUUAAAGGUGGUGCUAAAUCUCCCCCACAGACACCCGUCGUGGAAGUAGUUCAAGCUCCAUCUGACAGCAAACCCCAGGAGUCUGUGAGGAAAGCUAAAACUCCCAGUAAAGCCACGGAAGUGGAUCUUAAUGACUCCGGAGAUGAUGAGCCCAACUUCAAUUAUGGAGGCUCAGAGAGACCAAGUGUCUUAAAUCAGGUAUCCACCAUGUCUGCCGAUCUUCAGUGGAUGAUUAUCAGGAACAACUCCAGCUUUUUGCUGAAGGGAAACAAGCAAACAUUCAGCAAGGAACCAAACAACCUGAGAAACCGCAAUUCGUUCCGUUACAAUGGUUUAGUCCAGAAGAAAACUGUAGGAGUUGAGCCAUGCGCUGAUGGCAAGGGAGUUGUCCUGGUAACUAAAAGAGCAACAGGCUGGAGGAAGCCUGCCAAGUCUCACGUUGGUGUAGAACUGAAGAGAGGAUCUCGCAGAUCACUCAACACCAUCAGGAAAACACUCAGAAAUAACAGAUACAGGAAAGACUUGAAAAUGGCUGCUCUCCGCCGUGCAAGUGCUAUCCUACAGAGCCAGAAGCCCGUAGUUGUAAAGCAGACCAGAGGAAAGAAAAGAGACUAAACAGACAAUUGCUUCAUUCCUUGUAUAAAUUCUGUUAAUAAAGAUAGCACAAUGAGAAAAGAGUGUGGUGUUCUACAUGUCCAGUGUGAGAAAUAGGUGUCAUCAAUAGACAUUUUACAGGUGUGCAGGGUUGGGUGUAUAUUGAAAAUGUGUUGUGUUAUAUGAAGUCACAAAUGUAGAGAUUGACCACAGGAUAACUUACAGAAUAGAAUUCAGCUUUACCAUCAAAAUUGAUCUCAACAUCUCUUUGGAUUUUAUCAAGAUGGAGAUUUUUAUUAUUAAUUGUUUCUGGCAUUUCUGACAUCUAUGACUUGCUGUUGGAAUGAUCUGAAAAAUUGGUGUCAACAAUAUUAACAUUCACCCUGAAGUCAAAUCUAGAAUUAAUGAUGUUUUAUCCAGUUUCCAUUUGAGAAUCUGUUUCUCUUGUGCUAUUGAGUGGACGGAACAUGAUAUCUUGGCAUCAAGAGAGUAUGAAAACUGCUCGUAUGUUGAUCUUGAAUUUUUUACAAAUGCAAGAGCAGAGUAAUGGUUCUUUACACUUGGACGUGAUUUCUUCAUGUCAAAUAUUCAACAGACGUUUGUUCUGAACGAAAACAUUUUGAGAUUUCGGAUCAGUAUGAAUUGGGGUGUUUCAUUUUUCAAGAAUAUUCUCAGCAAAUUGUGCUGGCAGUGCCGGUGUAAAAGGGGUAGGAGGUCCUA